CACGUUGUUUCGGUUUUGCUCUGGCUCUGGUCAAUUUUUUGAAUCAAACAUAAAGUUUGUUUCAUUGGUAAUAUUAACGUCGAUUGUGCUUCGAAAUCAAGCAGCAACAAUGGCGAAAUUGUUGUCGUAUUAUAAUUUAUGUCCGAUCAACGAUGUGCGUGAAUUUCUCGGUCUGUCUCGAGAUGUUGACACUGGUUGUGCGAUCAACACGCUCGGCAGGAAUAUCAUCCAGGUCGUGAAGUUGAGCAACCAGAAACUCCAGCACAGUUGGACAUCGCUGGAACGGCUGACGAGCAAGGUUAUCUAUGAUUUCCGCUCGGAACGAUACGUGGGUGUUUUCGGCAAUCGCCAAGUGCGUUGUUGGAACAGAGAUCAGACCGAUAUCAACAAAGUGAAAAAGGUGAAGUUCUUUCGGAAUAUUUUGGAGCUCUUCACUGUGGAUAAUGGACAAGCACUCGUGCUUUACGAUGAUGGAACGUGCGAAUCGCUUGAGAGUGCCGUCAAUACCAGGAACGAAGAUCGGAAGGCUCCGGAAAACAUCGUGAAGAAGCCAAAUGUUGAUCCAGCCAAGGAGACGAUCUUGGAUGUUAAAGUCAUUACGCUGGACAACGGAGACAUUAUGUUGGCUUAUUUCGUAAAGGAACUGGAAGAAGAGUCGGUUCUUUUGAACUACUCGCUUCUUGAAAAAGAAAGUUUGAAAUCGAUGAAAGGUUUUCAUAAAAUCAAGCUGGAACGCAUGGAACAGAAGGUGCAAUUGGUUGGACAAUGCAUCGUCGAUGGAAGUGGAGGUCCUUCGCUGAUUACUAUCUGGUCGGACAAACGUAUCUUCUCUAAGCCGCUCACUUUCGACGAGGAGGGUUCGCAGAAAUCCAUCGGAAAUUUCAUUUCCAUCCUGAACAUGAUCAACGCCAGCCAACCGCUGUCGAUGGUUGGCAUCAGCAAGGACUACGUUGCCAUCUAUGCCAGUAAUUUGAACCAGGAGGGUGCCACAUUGCUUCUAUACAACGUCCAAUUCAAGGUUGUACAGGCGAAGCAAUUCUUCAAAGUGUACUUUAAUAAUUCCCGGUUCUGGUUGAGCGAAAAUCACAUUCUGCUGGCAUUCGGACAAACGUUGGCCGUGGCUCCGUUCAAAAUUAGCAAGGAGCAACUCUCGGACAUGGUUGGAACGCAGCGUAGCUUUGAACUGAGUGCUUAUGUUGACAACGAAAGCAUCAACGAGGAUGGCGACUACAACGAAGGUUACGCCUUCGCCGGGAACCUGGAUACCGUGGAUGAGGAAUUUGAAGAGGAGGAAUUGGAACCCGAACCCGAAAUUAUGUUCAAAACCUUCGAAAGUGUGGAAAAGUUCGAAGAAUCGUUGCAAAAAGCAUACAAAAGCAACUUGCAGGUGGAUAUCGUGCGGGAUGAUACACUGCCGGAUGAUACCAUUCAAAUGCGAUUGAUGGCAAAUGCAGAUCGAACGAUUGGGCCGUUGGUUUUCACGGAAAAGUUUGAAAUAUUCGCCAGUGAACUGGAGAAGCAUGGCUUCUGCGAGAUGGAGAUAACGGAUAAGAUAAUUCCGCUUAUGAUUCAGGCGAACGCUUCACUGGACAUUGGAAAGUGCCUGAAACGAUACAGUACCAUUUCCGAGCGGGCACUAGUGUCUGUCCUAAAGUAUGCCCUAUCGUGUCAAGAUCAAAACCAAAUCCGCACGGAGAUUGCAGAUGUUGACCAACUGCGCAAAAAGCACCCGACUGGUUCCCUUCCUGUUUCCAACCCGUCCGAACAGCUACAAAACUUGGAUAUUCUUGAGAGCCAAGACCUUCCCGAUCGCUCGAACAACGACCUGCUGAACAUUAUCCUUUCAUGUACCUUCAAUCGCAAAGCUAUCCUUCCUCUAAUUAGGGACGAAAUCGAUUUGAAUGCCGUACUUCUUCUCUUGGACCAUCUGAUGUACCUCCUAACGGAUCCCGUUGCCAGGCUCAACGAAAUUCCUGCCAAUUGCGACAGUUUCGAUAGCGACGAAAAAGUCAUCGAAUGGGUCACGCUGUUGAUUGACUCGCACUAUCAGCAGAUUAUUUUGUCCAGAGAUGUCGAAAUCCGGGAGAAGUUGGUCAACUGGAUGAAUGUGGUGAAGCAACACAGCGACAGUUUGAAGCAGCUGAAAUCGUUUGCCCCAACCAUUCUGCGAUUGGUCGAGAAGAAGGGCGGGGAGCGUGAGAAGCGGGUCAAUAAGUGGUACAGCGUUGAAACGAUAAAGCUGUAUUGAUGUUGAGGUUCGGAGGAAAUAGAUGGACAGGUCAGUAAGUCGCUGAAUCAAAGUGUCAGGCAAGUCAUUAUUGAAUCCGAACGGUCCUUGCCGUAUUUUAUGAGCUUAUUGGUUAAACACUUUUUUUUUUAACUCGCAAUUUAAAUUUCACCCGAUUUGGAAAUCAAGUUGCAGAGAUGACCAAAUGCUGUCGUGGAAGUGCAAGGCUGAUAGCAGGUCACUUUUAGUGGCUAGGCACUAUUUUCAAAUCGUCACUAAAAAGUCACUUUUUUCAUCAAAA